ACAGGCACACAUACACUAACGAGCGAGAACUUUCGUCCUUACACAUCCUUUGCGUCAGAGUGUGUCAUUCCGAACAAUAAUUAUUAGUAACAACAGGUGCCUGCUUGGAUUGCAUGGGUUGCGAGUCGAACCGGCGAACCGCAAAACGGGUUAGUGUAUAAGUACUCGUGCCGUGUACGGUGUUCCACUAGCAGGGUGGUAGUGCAUCAACCACACCCGCCGCUGAUAAGGGUGGUGCUACUACCGCCCAGGUGGUAAUACUCGGAGUUGCAACCAAAACAUUACUUCUCAGCAACGGCGCUUGAAUCGUUAGCUAGCAUCCGGUGGCAUCGGAUCAGUUUAGUGGUAGUACUGGAUGCAUACACCAGAAUUGCUCCCGGGCGAGUCAGUAUUCACUGACGAGGCGAAUUACUCAUCAAUCAGUCGAGUACGUUGCUUGGGCGGGGAGCAAAACAGCAAAAGCAAUCUUGUGAAUGAAAAAAAAAGUUCGAAAAAAGAACAGUGAAAACAGAUAAGAUUAGUCUAUCGUCCAUCAUUCAUUUGUCGCUUUCGAUUGUUUUUGGCGAGGCGAGGCGCACAAAAGUGUCUCGUUGGCGGGAGUAGCAGAUAGUGUGCCAUGAGUGCGUCAAAGACGAAAAUUCUUCAAAAACUAACCGUCAACACGAGCGACGUGACGACAUUGGACUUCUACGGCAGCUCCCUGCUGGUGACAGGGUCAAGUGACAAAACGGUUCGCGUCUGGCGCUGGAAUCCUGGUCACGGUUUCCAGGAAGCAUCUUACUCGCCGUUGCUCGGUCAUCGGUAUGGCGUCACGAGUGUCCGGGUGUCGCCAAAGGGCGGUGUGCUGGCUUCUGCCUCGGUCGAUGGAACAGUUAUCCUGUGGGACCUGAACAGUGGAGAAAUAUCGCACACCAUUAUGCAGGAGUUCGGUGAAUCGAUACGGGCGUGCAUAUUUAGCCCCAACGGGGCGUCAAUCGUUAGUUCCGACGAUAAUGGGUCCGUUUGCAUCUGGGGCCAAGACAGAAAUUUGAAGUGCCACCUGAAGGUGCACGAUGAAGCCGUACACACGAUCGCUUUCUCGAGCGACUCCAACAUCUUCUUGACGGCGUGCACCUUGGGCAAUGUGCGUAUGUUCGCCGUGGGAGAUGAUUUCGCCAAGGCGCUUUCUUCAGCGGACUGCUCGAUCGAUGCGGCGCACGAUAUGGGAGUGCUUUCGGCGGAUUUCUGCAAAAUAGUUCACACAGAUCCCACCGAUAAACGUUCGCUAAUCUACACGCUAGCCACGUGUGGUACGGAUCAUUUCGUCAAGAUUUGGCGAGUAUUUUUCAUCCCGGGUAACAUCGAUAACCAGCGCACCAGCGGAGGUACGCGAUUGAUACCGAACACGCCACAGGAACAUUUUGCUGGUCAAUCGUCCAUCUACAGUACCGGGGUGAUGAAUGCUAGCUGUGCUCAAACAAUCAACGCACAUGGUAGCUCCGUAACGUGUGUUCGCUUCAAUCCUACCGGUACACUGCUUUUCUCCGGCAGUCUAGACAAAACGAUUAAAAUCUGGAACCAGCAGGGAACGUGCCUUAAGACGCUGACGCACCAUUCGCGCUACGUCAACUGUCUCGCGGUGAACGGAAACUCGUCCGUGGUAGCAUCCGGAUCGAAUGAUCGCACGGUGGUCAUCUGGGAUCUGACCGGCAAUCUAACGCUUGACUCACACAUCAGCGAUGCCCGGUCGCUCCUGUUUUCGAUGGCAGCGAAGGCCCUCGAUUUGCCGCUCGAGUUUACAUGUCCGAUAACACACGAGCUGAUGAAGGAUCCUGUCUAUGCGGAGGAUGGUUUUACCUACGAGCGAGCGGCUAUCCAGGAGUGGUUUGCACGUGACCAUCCCAUAGUGUCACCGAUGACUAAUCUGGAGCUUUCAACGGCCGAGCUGGUGGAGAAUGGGAAGCUAAAGCAAAGAAUCGAAGAGUAUCUACGAACGCUGGACCCGCAGCAGCAUCCCGUAUAGCGAUAGCGGUGAUCGUAGUAUGAUAGGACGGUCACAUGCAUUCGAUUACAGCAUUGAAACGCCCAGUUAAACAAAGGUUUUUUAAAUGUUUAUUCUUUUCGCGAUCGCAUUCUAAUACACAUUGCAUAAAGGGUUCUUUCUUCCGAACCGGCUCUAUCCGUAAACUGCUAGUAAUAAGCAAAAAUGUGCCUAUCACGACUGUUCGUCGGAAGGGGCGAGGACGUGGAGGUGGUGGUGGCGUCUGCCGCUGGCCAACGGAUCCGCUGCUGCGCGGUGAUAAGAUGUGAUAGCGCUCGACAAUGCGCCACGUAUCCUCCGCUAACGUAUCGAACAGUUGGCCUCCAACACUACGCACACCACUGCGUGCGCACCAGGGGAGAAGAACAGUUAGUGAGUUUGAACUGCACCAUCUCUCUCUCUUAUCGUUGCUAUAUUAUAGCUGUAUCGCCAGCAGCAAACGAUCCCAACCUACCAAAGUGUCCCAAUCGAUGUGUUGUAUCUGCUUGUUCGUUGGACGUGGAGAGGAAAGGGACGGAGACGAACGUAGAGAGACGGUAGAAAGACAAUCAUCGCGAGUAUGAGUUACUCCGCAGUUGCGCAAGGAAACUAAAUGAUGUUUUAAGUGCCUCAAAGUGUGUCUGUAAUCAAAUCGUGUCAACCACAUAUUAACACUUACCUCUGCGAGGUGUGCACCCGUGGUUAUCACACGUAGUCUCGCACC